AUGACCUCGAUUAUCACCUCCAUCAAGGACCUUAUUACCUCCGUAUUUGAGGUGAUAUUCUCUGUGGUUAAGAACACGCUAGGUUCGGGGUAUCAGUUACUCCUGGCUUUCGUCGACUUCUUCGCCGGUAUUCCAAAGAUGUUAGAGCAUAUAGUGAAGGGCAGUUCGGAAGCUGUAGGCGGAGUCAGGACAUUCAUUACCAGUAACAUCGUCAUUAUAGCUAUGAUCGCUCUCGGCAGUUAUGGCUACCUGGUAUAUCUACGCCGUGAAGGUCGCCCGGUGCAAGAUGGGACCAAGAAGUUGAAUUAG